AUGGCUGAAGUCCCAGAGGGUUACGAUUCCCCCUCUGAGGAAAAUGAAAACCUGAAGACUGAGAGACCGAAACUUCAGUUUCUUCAGGUGACCGAAGACAUCGAACCAGGCAGCGUGGCAGAGGCAGGCCCAGAGAUUCCUGUAGAGAUUGACCAAGAUCCACAGCCAGAGACAGAGGAAGAGGCCUUCAAAGAUAAGACACCAGAGAGUGCUAAAGAUGUGCCUCCGCACCUAAAACCAACCUGGACGUCCGAGGAAGAGGUUCCCCACAAGUUCAGGAUAGACCUUUUCAGGGAGGUUGAGCUAGGGAUUCCCUUAGAGGUAAAAUCAGAGGCUUUCGGACAGAUAGAAAGAGAGCUUUACAAGGAAUUGCAAAUCCCUGUGGACAGAAAGCAUGAGGAACCAGAGGAGGAAGCCAAACCGGAUGUUCCUGAGGAUGUACCCAUAGAAGAGAGCAAACCAGAGGUUCCAGAGGAGCCACUCAGAGAGCAAUAUGAAAAGACAGGUUUAGAAUCUACAGAGCCAACCAAACCAGAACCUCCAGGUAAGAAACCAAGAAAAUCAAUUGAAGAGGCAGAUCAACAGCCACCAAAGGUGACCACAUCAGAGAAUCCAGAGGAAAUACAAAGUAAGUCACCUACAGAGAAAAGGACAGAGUCACCUGAGCAGGCCAAACCAGAGUUUCCAGAAGAGAAACCAAGUAUGGCUACUGAGGAAACACAAGAAAAAACUCCAGAGACUAGAGUGAUCGAAUCAGAGUUUUCUGAGGAAAAAUCAAGAAAACCAAUUGAGGAAACAGUUACAGAGCCAUCAGGAAAGACCACACCGGAAAUUCAGGAGACACAAAGUAAGUCAACUGCAGAGAGAGUUCUAGAGCCACCAGAGUACACCAAACCAGCAGAUCAAAAAGAUAAGAAGAAAAAGUCAACCGAGGAGACAGAUGUAACACCAUCACGGAAGUUCAGAUCAGAGGAGACACUAAGAAAGUCAACUGAGAAGAAAGGUCCAGAGCCCCCAGAACAAACUAAAGCAGAGUUUUUAAAGAAAGAACCAGAGAAAACUGAAGAAACAGGUCAAGUGCCACCACAGAAGAUCAAACCAGAGGUGCAAGAGAAGACACAAACAGAGCCAACUAGGGAGAUAAAUUUAGAGUUAUUGGAUAAAACCAGACAACUACUUAGAAGAGAGACACCUGUAGAAUUUGCCAAGGAAGAUAGGCUAGAAGCAAUCAAAUUUAAACAUUCUGUUGACAGGGAUGAGCCUGAGUACUCUGACUAUCCAAUAGGAAAGUUGUUAAUAAAAGAAACUAAAGUUUCAAAAGACUAUGUAUUAGAGCCUCUUCCAAUAAGUGAAGUAGACUCAGUGAAUACAGAUUAUGAGUUUUCUAAAGAACUCCAAAAUCUGUUCCAGCUUUCUGAUACCAAUUAUGAAUUCUCCUUUUUCUCUGAGUCUCAGAGGGAUUUAAAAGAGUCCUCUGGUGAAAAGCAAGAUCUGUCCCUAGAGUCAAUGAAACUGGUACAUAAAGAUAGAGACACCCAGCCAGAAAAAAAUUCUGAUCUACAAUUUGAGUAUCUUCAAUGGAGCCCAGAAAAAGUUGCCAAGUGGAUUUGCCAGCUAGGCUUCCCUCAAUACAAGGAGUGUUUUACCACAAACUUCAUCAGUGGCCGAAAACUCAUACAUGUAAACUGCUCAAACCUCCCUCAGAUGGGGAUAACAGAUUUUGAGGACAUGAAGGUAAUUUCUCGGCAUACCCGGAAGCUGCUGGGAAUUGAAGAGCCAUUAUUCACACGUUCCAUCCGCCGUCCCUACAGAGACAAUAUUGGCUUAUUUCUAGAGAGAAAAGGUCAUAGUGGAGUUAAGUCUGAUUCCUUGACCUUGUCUGAAUUUGUGCGAGAAGCGGGAUUACAGGAUUAUGCUCCACGGGUGACCACCCUAGAAAAUGACGCAGCAUUAUAUUCCAUUGACCUGUAG